UCUGCAGGAAAUGGAUGUUAUCAUGGUUCAGAGCAAUAAUCUUCGGUUUCUUGUCUUGAUAAAAGGAAAUAUUUUCAAAAACAUUUCUACAGGAGCAGCUGCAUUAUAAUUACAAGAUAACUAACUUGCUGAAACUGAUCUGCUCACGGCCAGCUACCGAAUUUGUAAACUUUCCCCACACUUUUUUGAAAGACCAGAGGUGAAACACGACUAGGGAAGAGGAAGACGCGACCAUUCCCCAACAGAGGCUCGAUGAUGGCUGUGAUGACACCAACAACGUCUUCUGCAGAAGCAAGUAAUUCUUGCUGGACACCUAAUAACAAUACUGAAUGCCAAUGUCUCCAUCACACUUUUGAAGAAGGGAUUGUCUACAUCAUCAAUCAGUUCAUCUGCCUUUUUGGCCUACUGGGGAAUGGGAUUGUCCUUUGGUAUCUCAGACGGCACCUCAGAAAGAACUUCUUCAUUUUCUACGUCUUCAGCUUAGCAGUGGCUGACUUUGGCUUUCUCCUUUGCUGCCUCUUUGUUGUCAUAAUGUUUACUGCUGAAUAUUUUCGUGGCUGUAAUUUUCCAUGGUGCACACAGAUGUGCCCAUUGUUCAGGCUGGAAUUGUACUUAUACAGCACUAGCAUGUACUUCCUAACAGCCAUCAGCAUGGAGAGGUGUCUCUGUGCCAUUUCCCCAUUCUGGUACUCUUUCCACCGCCCCAAGUGGUUGUCUAGUGCUAUAACUGGGGUGCUGUGGUCCUUUCCCAUCCUACUGGCAGGCAUUAAUAUUUUCUCUUAUUCUUUAACUAUAGAACAACUGUGUCAACAUCUGAGCACAAUAAUCGUUAUUGCAAACCUUUACAUCUUCACCCCCAUCAUGAUUCUGUCCAGCCUGAUACUUUUCAUUAAGAUGAGGUGCUACUUCCAGGGACGCCAACCAGGACACCUCUAUAGAACAAUCUUACUCACUGUCCUCUUCUUUUCCAUUUUUGCUAUUCCUCUCAGUGCAAAACACUUACGGAUAGGGUUUGCACAUUCUAAGUUCCCUGAAAUUUCUUAUUUGCUUGCUUCUGUGAACAGUAGCAUCAACCCAGUCAUUUACUUUCUAGUAGGAAGCCGCAGGGAGAAAUGGUUCAAGGAGUCUCUCAACUUCAUCCUGCAAAGGGCCCUGAAUGAGGAGAAAGAUUCUAGAGAGACAGGGAAGGUCUCCAAUACCCAACAUGGAGAUGAGAAACAGACAAAGUCAGAAGACCAGAGGCCUCCGUUACCUUUGAGUGAAGUGGGCUCUUAACAGAAAUGAAAACCUAUAGUAUCUGCAAUGUAUAUUCAUUCAUAUUCCCCACUUGGCACCUUAACAACAGUCAUACUUGACAACAAAAAUUGUGUAUUUGUGUGUGGGAAAGAACUCAAAGCUUGUGAAAAUGUUGUCCACUUUAAUGUUUUAUUACUCUGUGUAUAUCCUUUUAAAUGAAUAAACAUCACUGAAAGAUA